CCGCCUCGGCCUCCCAGAGUGCUGGGAUUACAGGCGUGAGCCACCGCGCCCGGCCCUCCAUCCCAUUCUUAAAGAGCAUUUCAAUGUGACAUUGGCAAACAUCUACCUGUGGUUUUUAUGGCCGCUGUCUGGGUCUCUCAUCCCAACUGCCUCCAGGGGUCAGCUCUAGCUCACGCCAUCCCACCUCCGGCUGAGGAGCCGGGACAAACCUCUGGCCCUCCUGGCCUCAGGUGUCUUUCUGCACACUGGAAUACCUCAUUCUAGCAUGCUGAGGACAACAAUAUAGCCUGAAGGAUUCUGAAAACUUGCAAAAAUCAAGGAAGCAAACUUUUUUUUUUAAACAUAAGAGGAUGGGAAAAGCCAAAGAAAGUACCACCCCUCCCACCCAAGUCUUAUGCUUACUCUGGAUAUACUGGGAUCCGGGUUCUGCCUCUCAAGCUCUUAUUUAGCAACAACAUAAAAGAACAUCUCCAAUUAUGGACUACACUCAACUGUUGCAGUAAGACAGUAGUUGUGUUCCCCCAGGUUAGAAUCUUCCCGGGCAGUGGCUCCACUUGAGGAGCUGCGUGUCCUGUGGGCCCUGCAGAGAGGAGCUGGGCCAUGCUGGAGCCGGGCAGUUGUGGGAACCUGGGGCAUGUGGCCUCUUGUCCCAGAGCCUGUGAAGCCCUUAAGUCUGAGGCGUCAUGUUCCGCACAUGUGUGCUCUCAAGGUGUGGCCCCUAAACCAGAAAAACAAACAAGACAAAGCCCCAAAAGGUCAGCCCCACUGUGGCUCUUGUUUGUCUUGGAACCAGCAGGAGUCUUGAUGCCUGGUGCCGCUCUGCCUACGUGGUUGAAAUGACCAUGACCAUGAGGACAGCUUGGCUCUGGACAAAAACAACACCUCCCUGGAUGCCGAGACACUGUACUUCAUGCCAAAUCCUUAGGGCGGCUGGAGAAGAUCGCAGAGUGAAAGCGGGGACCUCCUGGGAUGCUCCCUUACUUACUUAGACCUCUGGGCAUCCGCCUUCGUCAGUUUCAUUUUAAUUAGCCCAGUGAACCAGCCUCUACCUUUCAAAGGGAUCUGAGGGAAACCUUUCUGCCAAGUCUCGACUGAGUCUCUGUGACACUCAAGAACGUGGGCCAGCCAGGCUCCUGUGUAGGUUAGGGAAGUCUGAGAAAAUGAAGAUUAUAGGGAAACAGUCUACCUUUCUUUACAAGGCCUUGUUUCGCAUCCCUGAAAUCUCAGAUUCGGCUAUUACAAUGAAGUCCUGUUGUAGAAAGAGCUGGCCUUUUAUCACCACUUAAAAUCUAAUUAAUCCAUAUUGAAGCACAAAGAUUUCUGUUGUAUUUUAGGGUGAGGGGUCAUAGAGACCUCUUUGUUCAUCCUUAGACUUAUAAUCAUCAAGCAUUGAGGAUAUAAUUUUACCAAGCAAAUUGGAAGGUAACAGAUCAAAUCCUUAUCAGAGAGCCUAACUCAUAGUUUUAACAGAGUCCUUCGUCCUUUACAUGAAACAUUAUAUUGGAGAAGAACAAAAACGCAUUUCAGAGUACCUAAAGAGUUAAUGCCCAAGCUUAUAUUCCAGGCAGCAUAGAACUGAGAUCGUCACACUACUGUCAACCACAAAGGACUGCAGAUCCUAUAGGGGUGGCAACGUCCUACGAUUUGUCACAAUGGCUUUACUCUUUAGAAUAGCAAUGCAGUCUGUUGGACUUUUAUUAUCUUUGCUGGGAUGGGUCUUAUCUAUUAUUACAACUUAUUUGCCACACUGGAAGAACCUCAACCUGGAGUUAAAUGAAAUGGAAAACUGGACCAUGGGACUCUGGCAAACCUGUGUCAUCCAAGAGGAAGUGGGGACACAGUGCAAGGACUUUGAUUCUUUCCUGGCUUUGCCUGCUGAACUCAGGAUCUCCAGGAUUUUAAUGUUCUUGUCAAAUGGGCUGGGAUUUCUGGGCCUGCUGCUCUCUGGAUUUGGCCUGGACUGCCUGAAGAUUGGAGAGAGACAGCAGGAUCUCAAGAAGCGACUGUUAAUCCUGGGAGGAGUUCUGUUCUGGAUGUCGGGAAUCACAGCCCUGGUUCCUGUCUCUUGGGUCGCCUACACGACGGUUCAGGAGUUCUGGGAUGAGGCCGUGCCAGAGAUUGUCCCCAGGUGGGAGUUUGGGGAAGCCCUCUUUGUGGGCUGGUUUGCUGGAUUUUCUCUUCUGCUAGGAGGGUGUCUGCUCCACUGUGCAGCCUGCUCCAGCCGAGCUCCUUUAGCUUCGGGCCACUAUGCCGUGGCAGAGAUGCAAACUCAGUGUCCGUACCUGGAAAAUGGAACCGCAGAUCCUAAAGUGUAAGAUUU